AUGGAUCAUGAAAAGAUUUCAAAUAUAAUGAAAUGGUUGAAAUUAAAUAAUAGGGAUGGUGUUGAAUUAUUGAGAAAUUAUUUACCAUCAAUUAUUGAACAAUUUUCUAAAGAAUGUAAAAAAGCAGGAAAUUCAAAAUUAUUAUCAGAAUUAACAAGUUUAAUUUAUUGUGUUUUAAAAUGUGAUAAAAAUGUAAUUCAAUCAAGUGAUAUUGAAACUGUAAAAAAUUCAAUUAAAGAAUUACUUGAAAAUGGAUUUAAAUUUACUUCUAUCAAUGGAAAUGAAAGUGUUGAAGAAAUUUUAAAGAAUGAAAAAUUUGAAGAUGUAUCAAUUCAAUUAUCUGGAUUUAUUAAUACAAUUAAAAUAGCAGAAGAACUUGAUGUUAAUUUGACUAUUAAAGAUAUUCAAAAUACUAUUCAAAAUUUAAAUAAUAGAAAUUUAAUAUUAUCAAAAUUACAAAAUGAUUAUGAAAAUAGAAUUGGAGAAAGUUUAGAAAAGAUUCAAAGAGGAAUUGAAAUAACACAAGAAGAAAAGGAAUAUAUGAGAAAAUUAGAAAAUAAGUAUGAAAAUCCAAAUGCCAACUCGGAAUCAUUCUUUUUAUCAAGUUUUAUUAUGGAUCUUUAUAAGAGACAAAUUAUUUCAAAAGAUGAUUUGAAAAGUAAUGAAACAGUAAUGAAUUUUUUGAGAAAGGAAUUUAAAGGAAAUAAUCAUUUAUCAUAUAUACCAUCUGGAUAUUUACUUGUAGAUUUGGAUGAUAUUUCUAAGGAAUCUAUUUUCAAUUCAAGAUUACCAAGUAGUAACAGAGAACAAGCUUUAAUAACUUUAAAACAAAAGCUAAGGGUACCUACUUGGAACCAUUUGUGGAAUAUUUAA